CUUUCCGCCAGAAAAACUCUUCCCAUUGAAAAUAACAGCAAAAUGAAAUCUCUUCCGUCUUCUUCACCUCCAUCUCCUCCUCCAUCUCUCUCCCAUUCCUCCCUCCUCCUCCUCCUCCUCCCAUGGCCGCCGCCGCCCCCAAUUCUCCUUCCUAACAGCAAUCCGGCCUCCACCAUCCCCAUUAGUCUCUCGCCACCUCUUCCCCCUCCACACGCGGCAAACUCAUGACUUCUUCCUACUUCUUUUCAUCCUCCACCAAACAGUACGGCACCACACCCGAACCCCUCCUCCUCCUCCACCGCCGCCGCCGCCACCACCUCCCAAGACACCAAGUCCUUCCUCUACUAUCCUCGGCCAUUGGCGAACCUCACCUCCCGCAGAAACCAUCCACCUUCUCUCUCCAACCCCUCCGACCCUCCCACCGUUUGAGGAAGCCCUUCUUUGCCACCACCAUCUCGUCCUCCUUUGAGGGCGGCGAAGAAGAAGGAGAACAGCAGCAUCAGGAUGAGGUGCCGGAAGGCAUGGGGGAGGCGUUCCACAUCUCGUCAAGCACCGCAACGGCGAUCUCUGCCCUCAUCGCCGUCGCCGUCCUGUCCUUCCCGCUGCUUGUGAGGUCGCAGCUGGGGGUGGGGGCGCCGCUGAAGAGCCGGGCGCUGACGUACGCGACGCUGCUGUUCGGGUUCUACAUGGCCUGGAACAUCGGGGCGAACGACGUGGCUAAUGCCAUGGGGACGUCGGUGGGCUCGGGGGCGCUGACGCUGCGGCAGGCGGUGGUGACGGCGGCGGUGCUGGAGUUCUCCGGGGCGCUGCUGAUGGGGACGCACGUGACCAGCACGAUGCAGAAGGGGAUCCUGGUGGCCGGUUUCUUCCAGGGCAAGGACACCCUCCUCUUCGCCGGCCUCCUCUCCUCUCUCGCCGCCGCUGGCACUUGGCUCCAGGUUGCAUCCUACUAUGGUUGGCCUGUCUCCACCACACACUGCAUCAUAGGAUCCAUGGUCGGGUUCGGGCUAGUGUACGGAGGACCGGGCGCUGUUUUCUGGAAAUCGCUGGCGAGGGUGAUGUCGUCGUGGGUUAUUUCGCCUCUGGUGGGCGCUCUGGUAUCGUUCGCUGUCUACAAAUGCAUCCGCCGGUUUGUGUACAGUGCUCCGAAUCCAGGACAGGCUGCCGCCGCGGCUGCACCAGUCGCGGUGUUUCUUGGCGUAACCGCAAUCUCCUUCGUGGCUUUCCCGCUCAGCAAGAGCUUUCCUCUGGCUCUGGCCCAAGCUUUAGCUUGUGGCACCGCCGGCGCGGUCUUGGUUUACCGAAUCAUCCGGAAACAGCUCGGUCAUCUCCUUGACAAAGCCGACUCAUCAGGGACAGAGCCCAAGGAAGCAGCCGUACUCAAUCAAAAAGUUGGAUUCCUGACCGAAAUCGCCGGCCCAAAGGGCACCCAACUGGAGAUAGUUUACGGGGUGUUUGGGUACAUGCAAGUCCUGUCAGCAUGCUUCAUGUCGUUCGCUCACGGGGGGAACGAUGUAUCGAACGCGAUCGGCCCGUUGGCUGCUGCCCUGUCCAUUCUCCACGGCGGGGCGAGCGGGGCCGAGAUCGUGAUCCCGAUAGAUGUUCUUGCUUGGGGAGGAUUCGGGAUAGUCGCAGGUCUUGCGAUGUGGGGGUAUAGAGUGAUCGCCACGAUCGGGAAGAAGAUAACAGAGCUCACGCCGACUAGAGGCUUCGCAGCAGAGUUUGCAGCAGCUACCGUGGUUCUCUUCGCAUCAAAGCUCGGCCUGCCGAUCUCGGCCACUCACACUCUGGUCGGCGCCGUCAUGGGAGUCGGGUUCGCGAGAGGACUGAACAGCGUGAGAGCAGAGACCGUCAGGGAGAUUGUGGCCUCUUGGGCAGUGACAAUCCCUGUCGGUGCUUUCUUUGCGGUUGUCUACACAUGGAUCUUGACGAAGCUCUUGUCGUAUAUACUGUGAAGAUGAUGAAGACCGAUCGCUUGUUCAAUGCCUGCUGUUAUGAUUCAACCUUAGCUCUUCCCUGAUGAUUCUGGGGGAUGAUUUUGUUUUCUCUGAGCUUUAAAGGUGAUUCGCUUCGGUCGGAAAUCUGCAUCAUAUCCUUACCGAGAGUUUCCCAUAAAAGAUUGCUUCUCCUGCUUGUGUUUUGCUUCCAAGUUCAAGCUCUUUCUUA